AUGGCGGGCGCAACGACUGUCUUGGACGACACCACUACCUUCUACAUCAUGUUCGUUCCGGAGGUGGUGCAGAACUUUCGUGACGAGACAAGCAUUCCGCGCUGUCGGCAGCCGGGUGCCACGGAGCACUUGUCUUUGCGUCCCACGCCGGAGCAGGCUCACGAUCGUUAUUACUGGUGGCGCGAUGAGACCACGCCGGAGCCCGUUGGGGUGAAGAUCACCAUGACCCACGAAGGCCGCACGCGCUUUCUGGCAAAUGGCAGCUUGGCUCUGCCGGUCCGACACGGCGUGACGUGGGGCCGUUGGUCUGGUCCACUGACCGUGGGCAACACAAUGAGUGCUGCCAAUCAGCUGCUGAUGACGGUGGAGCUCCUCUCGUAG